AUGAACUAUGGAUCUCUAUACAAAGACCUUGAGGUUUGCUCUACGCCCGGGGACGCAGCUCGCCAGUGGCGGGGUAGCGAUGCUGCCAAGACCCACGACGACUACGACGUUGCGUGGAUCUGCGCCCUUUACUUGGAGAUGGCAGCUGCUCAGGCCAUGCUAGAUGUGACGCACGACGACUUGUUUGUACCCGAGAGCGAUAGUAACUGCUAUACCCUCGGGAGCAUCGAAGGGCAUAACGUGGUCAUUGCUUGCCUCCCUGACGAGCAAUACGGUACUAACAAUGCAGCCAACGUGGCCGCCAACUUAGUGAGGACUUUUCCGUCUGUUAGAAUUGCUCUGAUGGUUGGUAUCGGGGGUGGCGUACCUACAAAGGCGGAUAUUCGCCUCGGUGAUGUUGUUGUCGGAUCGAGAGUGAUGCAGUAUGAUAUGGGCAAGCUCACGGAUGGAGGCAUCCAAAGAACUGCUGUUCCGAGACUAAUUCCGCGCUCGAUUGGUACUAUCGUCUCCAAAUUGCGGGCGGUCCAUGAGAACCUUCCCAGCAGAAUACCAGAUAUCAUGCGAGAGAAGCUGAGGCACAGACCAGACUACUGCCAUCCAGGAUUGCCCGAUCGCCUCUUUGAGUCAACUUACGUGCAUAGACAACUGAUCGCAGACAGUCAACGUCCGAAUGUUUCUCAAACUCUCACAUGUGACGGGUGUGACCAGUCCAAACUACAGCCACGAUACACGCGGCCAACAGAUGAGCCUCGUAUUCAUUACGGCGCAAUUGCAUCCGGAAACCAAGUUGUGAAGGACGCCUCUAUCAGAGAUCAGAUUGCUCGAGAUCUAGAUGUUAUAUGUUUCGAGAUGGAGGCUGCCGGCCUCAUGGACACCCUACCAUGUCUCAUAAUUCGGGGUAUAUGUGAUUACUCUGACUCCCACAAGAGCAAGGAAUGGCAAAGGUAUGCAGCAGCCACCGCAGCAGCGUGUGCCCGGGAAAUACUUGGAAUAUCGCCCGUGAAAGAACAUACUGUAAAUACUACAGUUGACCAAACUCGACUGAGGGAGCAUCGACAACAUUUACUUAAAUCUCUUCGCUUUGAUCAGAUGGAUUCUCGAAGGGAGACAAUACCGAAUGCUGAUGGUCCAACUUGCCGUUGGUUUCUCAACCACCCUAGUUAUCUCGCCUGGUUGGACCCGAAGCAGCUUCCAGAUCACAAUGGGUUCUUGUGGGUCAGCGGAAAGCCUGGGACCGGCAAAUCUACCAUCAUGAAGUUUACCUUCUCGCACAUGGCAGAGGAGAAUCGUCGCAAGAUAUCUCCUUAUUAUCGUCCGGAUAGCUGUUUUGCAUCUUUUUUCUUCAACGCCCGCGGCGACCGUUUGGAGAGGACCAUCACGGGAAUGUACCGAUCAUUGCUCAUACAGCUUCUCGAGUGGUACAAGGAUCUCCAAGUUAUACUAGACAACUACAAGCUUGGUAAAGACAAGGAUAAUAGUUCGUUUACACUUGAUACUCUCAAAACCAUAUUCCAGAAUGCAGUGCUGGGUCUCGAGAAAAGAGAGUUUACAUGCUUUAUCGAUGCUCUUGAUGAAUGCGAUGAGCAGCAGGCUAUCGACAUGAUUCAAUAUUUCGAAGACCUUACAGAAGAGUCCACGGAGAAGGAUAUCAUGUUCCGUGUCUGCUUUUCGAGUCGCCAUUAUCCCUAUAUUGAUAUCCAGGGAAGCAUUCGCCUGAGCUUGGAGGAUCAGCCAGGCCACGAUAAUGACUUACAGAUGUAUGUCAAGCGUCGCCUGAAAGUCAGAGACGCCUCAAUGCUCAAAGAGCUCUACCCAUUGAUUCUUGAGAAAGCUGCAGGGGUCUUCUUGUGGGUUGUUCUGGUUAUCGGCAUCCUUAACAAGGAAGAUCGCUAUGGCAGACCGGGCUUGAAGAAGAGGAUCACGGACUUACCCAGCGAUCUGAGCAGACUAUUUAAGAAUAUGAUCACACGAGACGAUGAGAACAUGGAAGAGCUUCAAUUAUCUGUGCUUUGGGUACUCUAUGCAGAACGACCGCUGAGGCCGGAGGAGUAUUAUCACGCCCUGUGGGCAGGCUUAUAUUCAAAAGGACUAAUGGAUUCCGAAAUUCCUACAACGUCCACUGCAUCGUUGGAUUCCAAGGCAAGGAUUGAAAGAUAUGUCAUCAGCUCGUCGAAAGGCCUAGUUGAGUUUACAAAAUCCGAUUAUCCCACCGUGCAAUUCAUCCAUGAGUCAGUCCGGGAUUUCCUUCUCAAAGACGGAGGCCUUCGUCAGUUGUGGCCUGGUCUGAAUGUCGAGUUGGAGAGUCCAGGCCACGAGAGGCUCAAAAUAUGCUGCGACACAUACAUCACGCAUCCCAUAGUGAGGGAGACUGUACUAAAGAGUCCGCGUGAUACCGUCGCUCUGGCGAAAUUCGCGUUUCUAGAGUACGCCAGCGAGCACAUCUUGUACCAUGCUAAUAUUGCCGGCAAGGCUAUAGCACAAGACGACUUUCUAGCCCAUUUUUCCAAUGGGAGCUGGCCAGCCAUCCCAAAUGUCUUUGGUGUAUCGGAAUAUGCACAGAACACGAGUAUCUUGUACUUCCUUGCCGAGAAAGGAUAUCCUGCCCUCAUUCAAGCGGCUCUAAGAUCUAAGUCAGAGAUCAACAUCCCAGGAGAAAAGCAUGGUUACCCGCUCUUCGCUGCUUUAGCUAACCGCCAUAUCGAAGCUGCUGCUGCUCUGCUUGGGUCAAAUGUUUCCGUGUUCAGUACAGCCAAUUUUACGCAGGACUUUGGGGACAAAAAGCACAACUCAGCAAAAUAUAGAUUACGAACACCUCUUACUUGGGCUGCUCAAGGCGGGCAUCGGGAGAUUGCAGAGCUUCUCCUUAAGAAAGGAUCAUCUCCUAUCGAAGUGGAUAAGGGUGGCAAAACGCCAUUAUUCAGAGCUGCAAUCGACGGUGGAGCCGCCGUGGUGGAAAUUUUGGUCAAUCACGAUGCAAAUGUUAAUGAGGAAGAUACGCAUGGGUUAACACCAUUGUCACAAGCGUUGAUGAAUGGUCAUAGGGAGACGGCCAACAUACUGAUCAAGAUGGGGGCCAGAGUCGAUACAUGUGUCUAUGGCGGCUGGACACCACUCUUACUAGCUCUACACAACGGCUACAAAGCCUUGGCCAUACUCUUGAUUGAAAGAGGUGCAAAUAUCAAGUGUGCAACUGCCGACGGCUGGACUCCGCUGUUACUGGCUUCGGAGGGUGGCUCACUAGUACUUAUAGAUCUACUCGUUAAGUUGGGGGCAGACAUCAAUAUGGAACAUGAAUUUGGGAGGAUGCCAAUAUCCCUAGCAGCUGGGAAUGGUCAUCAGCCAGCGGUCGAGCUCCUCAUCAAUUACGGGGCCGAGAUCAACAACUGUGACCAAGAAGGCUGCACGCCAUUGCUGUCUGCCUUAUAUGGUGGCCACGAGCUCAUAGCAAGGAUGCUCGUGCAGAACGGGGCGGACGUCACAUAUAACAACUCAUUGCCGCUUGUGCUUGCCUCCACAAAGGGCUUCUCUGAACUUGCAACCCUCAUGAUUCAGCAAGGUGCCGACGUCAACACUGCCACCGAAUUGGGCGAGACACCACUUCAACUAGCUUCAAGAAACGGGCAUGAGGAAGCAGUCGGACUUCUAAUCUGCCACGGCGCAGAUAUUGUGGCUCGCGCUGACGAUAGCUCAACCCCUCUGUCGGAGGCUAUGAAGUCUGACCACAAGACUAUAUCCAAUCUACUAUCAAGGGAGCAGAAGAGGAAAGAAUCAGCAUAG